CGAAAUAGGUAUUCUCAUGUGGAGUCGUCCGGAUCAAUUUGUCAUUCAGUGUCAAGCAAGAAGGAAGUUUGAUUGUCAUUCGAUCGUCAGUUGUAUCAGAAAGAUAUGCCAAUAUAAGACUGAAGCGAUCGUCUCGCCUCGAUGAGCGUCAAGGUAUGAGAAUAAAAAGUGACAUUGUUGCUGUUAAUUCAAUACCAAGAACAGUAUUCAGGUGCAAAACAUAUCGUAAUUUAUCACAGCUAAGUGGAACGUGUAGUUCAUCAUCAAAUCUUGAAGAUAAAAUUAUUGAAGAAGAAGAAGACGAAGAUAUGGUUGAGGGUGGUCCAUCAAAUAGCCUUGAGGCUCCAUUGCCAUCAGAAAUGAAUGGUGUUAUUAAUCACAAUGAACAACAACCGGAACAACAUCAUCAUGAAGUAGAAGAAGAUGAUGAUGAUGAUGAUGAAAAUGAUAAUGAUGAAGCUGAAGCUGAUGAUGAUAGUCAAGCUGAAGAAACAAGUCUUUCAAGAACAAAUAAUGCCAGUUUUAUUUUUCCUCAUUUAGAUCCUCCAGAAAUUAAAGUUACAAUUGAUGAUAGUCUUCAACAAAUGGCACAUGAAUAUCGUGAAAAAUUUGAUGGUUUUGCCGAGUUAUAUCAUUUUAAGACAAUUGAAGAAUUUCAUGAAUUUAUAAAAUCAACAAUUGAUGAUACAGAUUUAUUAACAACAGGUACAUCAUCAAAUAUUCAAGAUAAUUAUAUACAAUUAUUAUUAAAUGAAAAAACAAAUGAUAAAUUUAAUAAAUUAUUAGCUAUUAAUCGUACAACUGUUUGUCAAGUAUUAAUUAAAAAUCAAGAUAUUAUUAAAGAUAUAUUUGAAACAGCAAAUUUUGAUGAUUUUCCAAAGCCAAUAAUUGAUAAUGAAAAUAAUGAAGAUAAAUAUUUGAAUAAUAAAGUUGAAGAAAAUAUGAAAAAAUGGUAUAUGAUUGAAAUAAUUGGAAUUUGGCUUAAAAAUAUAACUGAUAUUGAUGGAUAUCGUGAUGCUAUUAAGAAAAGAGUUUUAAAAAAUAAUUGGGGCAUUGAAAAUGAUCGAUAUGAUGGCAUUGUGGUACCCUUGAAUUAUAAAUAA